CCAAAAUGGAUGAACGCAAUAAGUCGUAAGAGUGCAGUCUGACAAGUGAAAUCAAACAAGUUUUAUAUAUAAGAUAAAUAUAUAGAUUUAGUGUGAUUAGAGAUUGUUAUCGUUUAACUUAAAAUGUUAUAUUUGUGAUAAUAAUUUUUCUAAAGUAUUUCGUUCGAUUAUACGUACUCGCAAACAUAUAUGUAUGUAUGGAAAUUAGGUUAUAUUGUUAGGUUAUGUUGUUAGGUUAUGUUGAAUCCAAUUUGCCUUUUAGAAUAUUAAAUAUAUUUUAAAAUGGCCGUAAAUUUUAAUGAAAAUGACUUUGAUAAAAUUUGGAAAAGUAUUAAUAUUCAGGAUGAUUUAUUUAUUAUCUGUGUUAGUAAAGAAAACGAUACGUGGAAAAUUUUGUUAAGUAAUUUUAAAGAUAUUUGGUCAGAAUGUUUGACAUAUGAAAAGAUAUUAAAAAGAUCCAAGAAAUUAAAUUCUACUUUAAUCGUCAACGACAACGAACACAUGGAAAUUGUGUUAGAAACAUUGAUUGAUAUUCCAAAAUAUGCCACGGAGGUAUCUUUAGAUAAUAUUAAGUUAUUAAGAAGCUUUGAAGGUGGUCGUUUUAAAUUUGAAGUUAAUUUUUCCAAAGGGACUAUAGAAGAAUUUUGGGAGAACGUAACAAAACCAUUGUAUUUAUCUUCUAUAGAACUUAUGCGUAGGCAAAAUAUAUUAAUGAAUUUGAUUAAAAGAAAGGAUCAAGAAAUAAUGGAGUAUAAAGUUCAAGGAGCAAAAUUAAUAAGAAAAAAUAUUGAGACAAAAGUGUUCGAUGAAAAUCAACUUGACAGAAAUGUGAUUGAAGUAAAUGAAAAUAAUUACAUAGAUUCAUUUCAAACAGUGGUAGAGUUUUACAAUAAAACACAUUCUAAACAAUGUGUAAAAAUAGAAAAAGGAAAUUCUGUUGUAUCUAUAAAUGGAGUUAAACGAGAUGAUCUUAAUGUUCCAAAUACUUCUCGAGGUACUGAAUAUUCUACCAUAAAAGAUGAACCUGACCACGAAUGUGAUAAAUCUAGUUUACAAUCAGGUAGUAAUAAUAAAAGUAAGUGUAAUAAGAAAAAUAAUAUUAGUAGUAUUAAUAUUGCUCCGAUUGUUAUACCAUCGAAGAGAAGUAAAGAUAGUCUUACCGACAUUAUUUUAUAAUGUUUACUAUAAUCAAAGCACAUGAUAAUACAAAAAAUAUUUUAAUCAUACUUUAGAUUUA